AUGAAAUAUGACCUUCACCGAUCAGUUAGCGGGAAAGCGACAUAAUAGUGCAAGUUGAGAUAUGAUGAGUUUACAGAAAUCUAUUAUUUUGAUUUGUAAUUAGGGCAAAAUGACCGCUGAUACAGAAAAGAAAGAAGAAGAAAAGACUCCAGAGGAUCUUUUUAAAGAUGUGACGUAUUACGUGGUCGGUGAUAUCGACCAACAGGUACUUGCUCUUCUAAAUGCUGGAGGAGCAAAGCGAGACUCAUACCUGAGUCAGAUGGUGAGCCAUGUCAUUGCUGAUGACCACACACAAGAUGACUACUCGGAGGCCAAGGAACUGUUUGAACUUCCGGUUGUCACGAGCCAGUGGGUGAUCCUGUCUGUAAAAUGCAAGAAAAGACUUCCUAUCGAGAUAUUUGCACCGGAAGGGCGCCUGUUAUCUGGAGUUGUAGCCUGUUCCUCACAAUUGGAUCCUGACGAUGCCAAGGCACUGUGGGGUAUGGUGACGUACUACGGCGGUCGAUGUCAACAGAGCUUGGACCAAUCCUGUACACACCUCAUCGCCUACAAUACUGAAAGUGAGAAGUACCGAGCUGCCUCCUUGCAUGUUGAUCAUGUGAAGAUUGUCACCCCUGAUUGGGUCACUGACAGCAUCAGCAAGGGGGAGAAGCUUGAUGAGAUGAUUUAUGACCCGGAGCUGAUUGAGUAUCCUCGACCUAAGUCCCCAACGCCGCCCCCUCCACCUCCCCGAGAGCCCUCCCCACCACCAGUCAUGUUCCCCGAGGCCAUGGAUGUAACUGACCAGAUGAUGAUGCAAAAUCAGUAUCUACACAUGAUGGGUAACCAUGGGAACCAUGCUCGGCAACGUGGCGAGAUGUCUGCCCGGUCGCCCGGAAAUCAGGUGAACACCCCCUUCCAGCAGUCCGCCAUGGCUGCUUUAGAGCGACGUGUGUCGGGGGAGGAGUCAGCAGCUGGGUCAAGGCCACCUACACCUAGUGCUAAAGAGGCAUUGGCUCGCAUGGUCAACAAUCGCAUACAGGCGGGAGGACAACCACGGACCAGUCACUCUCCAAAGUCGCCGGGAAAGCCACACCCUGCCAUGCCCGGUGGCAUCAACAUGCCUUCCCCUCAUCAGAUGCAGCAGGCUGGAUUGGGAGGAUAUGCUGGCAUGCCAGGCCCAGGGAUGUCUCCCUUCCCUGGGCAUGAGCCAAUGGGAAUGCAGAAACAACUAGGGAAUCAACCACAACGAACAUUAAGAAACAUCACCAACUCUGGCCCACAGCACCCCUCUCCUGGACCCCGCCCAAAUACAACCAAGAUUAACCAGAUUCUUGGCCUGAACAUGAAUGUGCCACACCGCCACCCUCCGCCGAGAUAUGGGUCAGCCACAGGAUCACAGAAAGGGCAACACCCAUCCCAGUCUCCGCUGAUGCCAACUUACUGGGGUCAUGACCCUACCGACAAUGUGCCUGCUGACAUGUGUUUGCUGGGGUGUGUCUUCUACAUAACUGACUACCAGAAGAUCGUAGGUCCAGAUCAGAUUGAUAACUGGAAGAAGGUGAUCAGCCAGCAUGGAGGCCAGGUAGAUCCUGCCUACUCUAACCGUGUGUCCCACAUCUUGUGUGCCAACCAACACAGUGACGUAUUUGCACUGGGUUUGAAGGACCAGCGUCGUGUUGUGACGGCGUACUGGCUGAAUGAUGUCCUCCUACGGAAGAGGAUGCUUCCCCCCUGGCAGGCCUUACACAUCCCCCUCAUCUUUGCUGAUGUAAAGCCCUGCUGUAACCAGAUCAUAUGUGUGACAAACUUUGAGGGUGACGAGAGGAUGCGUAUUAAACAGAUGAUUAAUGCUAUUGGAGCUAAAUAUACUGGCUACAUGACACAUUCAAACUCGGUACUGGUCUGUAAGAGACCCGAGGGAGAGAAGUACGAAAAAGCCAAGGAAUGGCACUUACCUGUGGUCAACGCCCAGUGGCUUAGUGAUCUUGUUCUCGGCAACCUGGACGCCCUGAAACUGCCAAUCAACCCUCGCUACCUCCAAACGGUCCAGGGAGAUCUGUUCCAACUGGACACUAGCCGCAUAGGACACAUGCUAGUUGGUUGGAGAAAUCCAAUGAAGAUACAGAAGGAAGUUUGGAAGAGAUUUCUGCCUGGUGUUCCAAAGUCCCGCCCCGCCUCAGCAUCCGGCCAGGAGAAUGUACAUAUCCCAAAGCUUGAGACAGCAGAACCACCUGCUAAAAAGGCCAGAAUGGACCUGAACAAAGAUGACCAGUCUAUCCUGGACAAGCCUGGACCGAGGGUCAUGUUUACAGGCUUUCCUCGUGGCAUAGCCAGACGGCUCCAGACUAAUGCGAUACAGCUUGGUGCCAACAUCACAGAGAACCCCCGUUACUGUACACACCUGGUCACUCCAACAUUCUCCCGCACCCUCAAGUUCUUUAUUGCCGUCAACGUCUGUAAGUUUGUGGUCACACGAAAUUGGAUUGAGGACAGCAUCGAUCAGAAUCGAUUCCUUGACGAGGCAAACUAUGCGCUGCGAGAUGUUAAAGCAGAGAAGGAGAUGCAGUGUAGUCUACAGGACUCCCUGGCCCGGGCUCAUGUCAGACCUCUAUUCCAGGGUUUGACGUUCUACAUCACUCCGAGUGUGAAUCCCCCGGUCGGUGACCUCGUCAACAUUGUGGAGAGCGCUGGUGGUAAGGUUGUGAAGAGGAGACCCGGGCUGAGAACGUUUCUGUCCAUGAAGGAUGAGCAGGGAAAUCCAAAAUGUAUACUUAUAACCUGUGAAAAUGACAUACAUUUAUGCCGGGAUUUGCUAGCAAAGAAUAUUGCUUUGUAUAACGCUGAGUUUAUACUUACCGGGGUGAUCAGACAAAGAGUAGACUUCCGAAUGUUUCAAAUUGAAGUUCAUUGACACCACCUGCUGUUAGAAUGACCGACAAAUCAAGGGCAGCUAGCUCCCGUCACUUCCAUGUCUUGAUACAGAUGAUACAGUCACCCUGUUGGAGACAGACACACUAACUGUUGUAGUGGGCUGGCAAUCAUGGCUUCCAUUUAAAGAGAUUAAGUGAGAUAGUUUGAUGAGAGAUGUGCCACAUGUGUAUUAUUUAGAUGUGAUGAAGAAUUUAGAGAGAUUGUUUGGUGAGAGAUGUACAUAUUCAAAAUGCAGAAACAAGAGAUUUUUUGUCGAGAAAAUUUCAGGUUCAAAUUAAGAGUGGUUUUUUUUUUGUGUGAGAAGUUUACAGAUUCAAAUUGUGGAAGUGAGAGAAUGUUUGGUGAGAGAUGUUCGCGUUCAAAUGAAGAGAGAUUGUUUAGUGAGAGGUACAUUGGUUGAAAUCAAGGAAUUGAGGGAUGUGUGUUUAUGAUAUUCCUGAUCUAAAGUUAGUGCAGUUAGGCUAGUGUUAAUUGUAAGUAUCCUUUCCCUGUAGUCACUAGUCAGCUCCCUAUGCCGUCCUACAAAUCUUCAUCUGUUCUUAAUCAUAUAUCUAACUAAAUAUACCUUUUUUUUCACCCUAGGUAAUUAAAAAAAAUCAACUACAGUAUUAAAAAAAUUGUUGUUUAAUAAUGAACUUGUAAAAUCAUGUGAUAUUAAUAAGAAAAUUUUCAAAGAGAAAAUUAGAAAAUUACAUUUUUGUGGGGUAUUAUUAAUUUAUUACUUGACGAUGAGAUUUUGGUGUAUGGUUGAUCAAAUGGUUAUAUAUUGAGUCUUUAUCUAAUAUAUAAUACAAACAAUAUUUCGUAACUAAUAAGAUUAUCAUCUGUCGGUGUGUCUAUAACGUCUUUGUCAUUUUCUAUAGAUAAAGUAAUUACGGACUGGUGUGUUUAUAUCAACAUUGUGCUAAGGAAUGUAUACCUGUGUAUGAAUAUGUUUUCAUGUUUUAUACCAUAUGUAGCUCAGCAUGUAGAUCAUGCUACUAUAUUAUCUACAAAUAAACAUCCCUGAC